AUGGCGACAGGAGGGACUCAGUUGUUGCGAGGCAUUCCACGCUGCUUGAUUUUCCCUAGAGGGAAUGUUGGCGAUAAACCGUUCAUAAUUUGCCAGAACAUCCAACUCCGAGUCACGGUCAUAGUUGAGGGCGCAUCGAAGAAACUGAAGCAAGAAGAGCUAGCACGGCGGAAAGCAGAGCAGGAAGAAGAAAACUUAACCCCCGAACAGAAAUUAGCUGAGAAACUUCGACUUCAAAAGCUUCAGGAAGAAUCCGAUUUGAAAACCGCGUUGGAAACCUUUGGGGUAACCACACUAGCCGGUGGGAUCGAUGGAAUGCAUCCUACCACUAAGGAAGAAUUUGUUGAACUAGCCGAUGCCAUCACGAAAAAGCUCUCAAACUACAAAAGUGAUCCAGAGUACACUAACUUUCUCGAGGAUUUAGUCACAAAAAUAUUUGCUAGCUUACCAUCCGCCAAUAUUAGAAAAGUUAAAGGAAUUCUAGAUAAUCUGUUUCUAGAGAAACAGAAAUUGGAAAAAGGCGAUAAGCCCAAGAAAAGCAAAGGCGGUAAAAUUAAGGCUAGGUUACGAAUGGAUGGUGAAAAUACAAACUUCGAUGAAUAUCCUACUAAAUACGAUGACUACGAUGAGUUCGAUGACUUUAUGUAACAUUCGCUUUGAAGAACUACAUAGCCAAUGCAAAGUUUGUGGUGGAUUCAAUACCAUUCAGAAACAAUAGAAAUAGCUGAGAGUUUGAAAAAAGAACAGCAGGAAUUAUUUUUCAGUAAAAUCAAUUAUUAGAUAAUAUUGAUGCUCGAUCAAAAUUCAUUUUAUAUUUGUUACAUGUUCUAGUGCAUUCUAAUGCAACCAUAAAAAAAUUCAAAGUUUUCAAAUUAGUUAUCCUCUUGUAUGUUGACUCCUUUAACAGUAACAAACGUUAAUUAGAAACAAUACAAAAUUCAACAAUUGUAUUAUGGUGCAGUAGAAGCAGAAAAUGUAUGGAAAAAAAAAUAAACAUUAUUACACACCGCCACCAACGCAGAAAACAAACGCAAAAUACGCUAAAGCUUUGUACGAUCGAAUCUUAAGAGGGUCCUUGUGUCCUAAUGUGUAAAUAAAAGAAAAUCUAUGAGUUCGUCGUUACAAGCAAG